AUGUCUGAUACCAACCAAAUCACCAAAAGAUACAAAACUAAAAGAUCCAAAAACGGGUGCUUAAGUUGUAAGAAGCUGAAAAUAAAAUGCACAGAGGAUAAACCAACUUGUGAAUAUUGUCUCCAUACAAACAGAGAAUGUGUUUAUCUAAAUAAACCAUCUUUUGUUAAAUUAAAAGUGGUUAAAACUAAACAACCACCCACAUCAUUAAACCAUGAUACAGUUCUUAAAUUAAAUUCCACAACAAAUCAUUUACAAAUAUCAAAUUUUGAAUUAAAAUUAAUGAAAUUUUAUCUUGAAUUUGGUGCUGAUUUUUUCAGUUUUAAAGUAAAUUUAGAUAAUUAUAAAUUUUGGAAUGAAAAAAUUCCAAAUCUAUGGUGUUGUUCAGAUUUAAUCAAAUUAUCAAUAUAUUCAUUAAGUAGUGCUAGAUUAUUGGCUAGUUAUAAUGAAUCCAAUUCAUUCACAAGUGUUUAUUUGGAGUGUGGUGAUGAUGAAGAUCAAGAAAAGACAAUAAAUCUAUAUGAUCAAGUUCAACAUUUUAAAAACAAAACUAUUGAAAUGAUGGCAUAUUCGAAUUUCAUGAUUGAUUCUCAAAUUGAUUCUCAAGAGAUGAUUGACAUUGGUGGUCAAUUAUUAGUGGCUAAAUUCAUAAUGACUGCAGUCUUCGCAAUGUUACCAGACGAGGAUAAUGAUAUGAAUAUUGUGGAAUUAAAUAAAUUUAAAAUAUUUAAAAUCUUUGAAACAACAAAAGAUUAUCAAAAAAUCCUAUCAAAUAAUUUUAAUCUUUUACAAAAUUCAAAAUAUAUGAAGAUCUUACCACCAACUUUUGCAUAUGUUAUUGAUAAUUCAAAUGAUGGUUUCAAAUUCACUCAACAUUUAAGAUCAUACAUCUUGGAAAAGACAAACCCCUUGGAUAUGUUACAAGUUAGUUAUUUGAAUUUCAUUUCAUCAAUUGAAUCAAAUUGUGUCAAGGCUAUAGAAUUGAAUUUCCCCUUUGCCUUGUUUUUACCAAUAAGUGAAAUUUCACUAGAUGAUGACCUUAUACUAUCUUUAAAACAGGGUGGGAACCAUUUGGCUUUGAAAUUAUUGUUUUAUAUCUGUUGUAUUAUUUCAAUAUUUGAUUUUAAAUUAGCAAGAACAGGAGGUGUUUGGAAUCAAGUUAUUGAGUUUUAUAGAAAACAAUGUUUUCAUAAGUUUAAUAAUGAAUUUGAAGAUGAAUUUGAUCAAAAUGUUUAUGAUUUAGUGUUGGCUAGGAGAGUUUAUAAAAUUCCUUAUGAUUUCAAUUUGAUUUAUGAUUUAGGUGAACCUGUUCAAGAUUUCAUCAAUGGGAAGAUAAAAUUAUCACCAAAUGAAGGACCUAGUGUUUUCUUUUAA